AUGGACCCACGCGAAAACUCCUCGCGUUCGUCUGUGAAAACCUCUUCCUCAAUAAAACGUAAAGUUUCACUUACUCGUUCUAGACGCGCGACUCAGGGUGUGGAUGAUCGUCCAGCUGUGCUGCAGAGUUCAAAUUCAAGUAGUGGGACAAAGUUUAAACAGAUGUUUACCAGGCGACCGUCUAUUUCAGAUUCAGGCGGAAAACGAGUAGACAUUGCGCUGACAUUGGGCGGGACCAACAACGAAGCUACGAAUACUGCUUCUCCCACUAACACUUCUUCCCCUGUUACUUCUCCUAGUACUGUUACUGUCAUGCAGCGUGACCAACAAGCGUCUGGACGACCACAGCGUAGCAUUAUCAGCAAAAUUAAACGACCGCAAAGCGGACAAUACCAAUUAAAUUCUCCUUCCCAAACCUCUUUUCCGCUUGCUCCAACCGAGGAAGAACCUUCAUCGAAUACAUCAAGUGCAACGCUCAGUCAUUCGUCUUCCUUAUCAAGGAAGACAACUGGCAAAUUUCCAAAAGACAUUAUAAAUAGAGAUCAAAGUAGAUCCCCACAGAGGGAUGAUAAAAAUGAGAGAACCUUUAAAAAGACAAGAGUAUUCUCCGAUUCGAAACACAAAUCUAAGGCGAGGAUAAUGUCGUUGAUUAGUUUUAUCGACGCUUCUAAUGAAUUAGAUCAAGCCCAAUUCUUCCAAGAUCACUCUGAUAUGGUUUUCGAUGUAAUGUAUAAAGCGUAUGUGGAUCAAACAGAGAAAAUAAGACAGAGGACAGAUCGCCCGAUUGCCUUUUCGUCCAAGGAGUUUGCUCAUGUAAAUAGAAUAUUGUUGGUUUUGCGAAGAAUAUUCCUGUAUUUACCUGAUAGAAUACGGAAAGGAUGGCAUAAGAAGGAGAUUGCCGAAAUAUUAAAUCACCUUCUUGAGCAUAGAAAUCAUCCUAGAAUUCGAAUAAUAGGAUUUCAACUGCUUUUGUUAUGGCUUAACGACCAGACUAUAGAGUUAGCGGAAGCUGUUCGAUUAUACGCAAAUGCAAUAUCACUAGAUUUGUUUGUGUACGAUCACAUCAACAGUGUAGAGAACACUUUUGAUUCAAAUGAAGGUAGCAUCACGCUACGACAGGAACUGAUAAAAGCCGAAGAUAGAAUUGCGCUAUUUCCCAAUCCUCAACCGCCAACUCUAGUUGACGCAAUCGCGCUUAUAAAACAUGAUCUAUCUUGUCUGGCUCGAUUGGCUCAUGUGGCGGCUGGGUCUACUCCGCCGCAAGAGACGUACGAAUUUCCAGUCGAGAGUCUGACGUAUGAUAGCGGAAUUGCAGUUGGAAUGGGCAUUGAUGCUGCGUUUGCCGCUGCCAAAUUUCAUUUCGAUCUAUUUAAGAAGCACUAUUUGGUGAAACUGUUUCCAGCAUGUGCGAAGAAAUUCGGUCUAUUGUCAGAGAAAGAGAAUAUCGGGUUUAGAAAAUGUCCACCGACGAUACUACGCAUUUUGAUACAGUUUUUUAUUGACUAUUCUCUCGACAAUAACCACUUGGCCACUGAUACUCCGCCUACGCAUUCUUCACCGGCAACUCCGAUAUUAAAGUCCAUAUUACUUACACCCGAGAACCGCGAGUUUAUACAUGAGAUAUUGAGACAAGCAUUGAUCUUACCACCUGGUAGUCACGCAUAUAAAGACAUUGUCCGCGGAGCAGUUCAUAUUAUUGGAAUGUGGAUACUCAGCGGAGAAGAAGAACGACCAUCUUUCCUUCGCAAAACUGUUACCAUGACGUCCUCGGCACCGACAAAUAUUUCGAUUGAUACAACCAGUUCAUCCAACGAUGACGCCCGCUCCACAGAUACAGGUGGAACGCCAUCUCCUACUUUAUCGAUUGAUAAUUAUACUGAAGCCAAUAAAUACCUUCAACGGUAUAUUGAACUACUGAGUCUCAUAUUUGAGGAUCAUCCGUUGCUUACGCCCGAUGGCAAGAUGGCGAAUCUCGAACCAGAAUCGCAGGUCGCCAUUUAUAAAGACACGUUAUCAUUGUUUAGAGCAAUGGUGGCCGAAUGUACUAUAGAACUGGAGCCAAAGACAUGGGAAAUUAUGCUAGCAAACUUGUUAGAGAUUCAACACAGGAUAAUGAAUCAAAAUGAUAAAUAUGGGUCAAUAAGAUCAGUCACGUUGGCUGAUGAUUUUGUGAACUAUUUAGUAGAGACAAUAUUUAAUGCAUUUGUGCGAUCAAUGUCGCAAGAAGGCGAGUUGUGGCAAGCGUUGACAUUUGAGAUGAGCAGAGCUACUCGAUGGUCACAAACAAUCUCGCAAUGGAGAAAAAUAAUGAUUCGCCUCACUCGCAUCCUCUCUAAAUAUCUAUAUCAAGUGGACCUUGAUGCGCUUGAAACCAACAGACGUCUUUCCGAAUUCGCCAUAAACGAGAAAUAUUCACAUCGUCGUCUCCCGUCAAAAAAUAAAACCCGUCAUUUGUCUCUCCGCGAGUCGCGACAUAAGACUACAGGAAGCAGUUCGUCACGUGAGGAAAUGGUAUCACCUGAUGUGAAGACACCCGAUAGUAAACCUGUCCGCAGGGCUGUGAGCAUCCAUCAGGACAUGUCGCCGCUAAAUGAGAAUAAAAUAUUGGGUGGACAGUUGUUUAACUUUAUGAACAACGGGUUUGGUAGUAAUGGAUCUAUCCAUUCCGAGAGCAUUGCAUCUGAAGAUGAAACUGAGGAUGAUACACAUGCAGAUGAGGAGGAAUAUUAUGGUAGCAAUAGCGAUUUUACUCCCGAGGAUUCUAAUGUAAAGUCCAACAGAACGUCGGCUUCAUCGAUUUUUACCCAGCACAAUUGUAGCACCGAGAAGUUAUCGAAUACUUUAGGCAAUUUUAGAUAUACCGAGUUCCUAUACAUAGAAAGACUUCCCUGGACGUCAGUGAAUGUUCUUUAUGUAUGGAAGAACAUGCUAGUUGCGUUAGGCAAUGUCAAUAGCAUUGAGAUAUCUCCUAAUCAUUCGGAAGCCAUCAAAGGAUUGGUGGAACUUUGGGGCAUGCUUUCAAUGAUACGUAACAAUCAACCAUAUGACAACGUCCCAUUACCGUCAUUAUACAGUAACUUUGCGCCGUGGUUUUUUGAAGCGUGCGACAUGCCUGCUGCCUAUGCGCCGGGUCGCGCUCAAGCCUACGCUGGAAUGUGCAAGAUGAUGUCUCGUCGUCACGAACACCCGCUUCCCUCUUCCUAUUAUGCUCAUUUCUACCGUUUGAUGCUCAAAGGCCUAGCCGAACGGGAAACGGCAAUAACCUCAGCUAUAAUAAAUAAUUCCACCCGACUCUUUGCGCAAGGGCUUCCUGGAUGCCAGAUAUUAGUGAGCGGUUUUAUAGAAUCAGUGAGGAAUGUGUUAACUCAGACAAGCUCGUCACUACCAGAGUUGACUAGGCAGAAUGCCAUUACAAUAUUGUGUUCUUUGAUAUGUGUUGUGGGCCAAUCUGCGUCAGCCAAAGUGCCAGUAGUGCCAUACAAUGAUUUGGCAGAGUUGGACGACAUUGGUCUGGACGACAAUGAUUUGGACGGGAACGAGUUUGGAAGGGUAAAGUCGAUUAGACUGAGUGAGGUGCGAUUGACGCUUAAGGAUACUCUCAUACGAUCACUCGAGACUGAAGAGAGUGUGCGUAAUGCUGAUACUCAUAUAAUGCUGUUAUAUGGCAUCUGCACUCUUGCUUAUAAUGAGCUGACGUCAGUGACAUGGCCACACAAGUCUAUAGUGAAGGAGUGCUUCCAUGCUUUGGUUGAUCAAUUAUAUUGGAACCAUCUUCCCGUUGUGGCCGCCGCCGCCGAUUGUUUGAGUGUGUUUGCUCAGAACAAUCGUCCGAAUCAGAACGAUGAUGCCAAGAUAUAUACAAGUAUCAUAGAAGUCGUUUUGAGUAACCUCGUUGGAGCCUUGGAUGGACAUUUAAAUUUGCAGAGAGGAGCUCAGAGGAAUGGGAGAGGUUUCAUCAUUACCAAACUGUUUCAAUGUCUUAACCACUGGCUAAUGGCUAUUCCUCCAAGAAUCUUUAUAGAGACAGAGUUGUAUCAGCUAGUGUUUGACGUAAUUGGUUUAACUUUCGAAGUUACUGGAUACGAGCCCUCAAAAUAUGAUAAAUUACUUACAACAAAGCCGAAAAAAUCUCGCAGCAGAAAGACUGUCCAAAACUCUUCAAUAAAAUUCGAAAAAGCUGAUCGUAGAGUAUGUCUCAGUGCUACACUUAACAAUGAACACGGAGUGCAUGUAGUGGGGGCAGACUAUCCGGAGGACCCGGACUUGAUCAAAGAUGUAGCCGAGUGCAUACUGCUUCACUUGACUCAUCAUUUGGGCAAUUUCUCUCCGAUUCAUGGUGCUGCUAUGACAAGUAGUUCUCUGGUUGGUCCGGUUGGGUCUGAUCCUGCGGAAGACGAGCUAUCCGAACACUAUCAAUACUUUUCAAUUAAUGAUACUACAAUAAUUACACUGAUCGAAGUGCCAGGUGAAAAAUCUACUCAAUCAAGGAUGAUAAUUAGGGACAUCACUGGGAGAUACGCAUGGGAUUCAAGACUGUUUUUCAAGGCAAUACAUGAAGAUGAAUCAAGCAAGACAAAGUACAUUGGUAUGACUGAUGAACUGGAAGGACGAGAGAAGCUGAAGAAACAAUGUAGGAAACAGGAACGACGAUUGUUAUUCUCAAGUGAACAUAACGAUAACAGUAGUGAGAUAGAUGUAGAGAAAGUGACAGAACCUUCUAGCGAAUCCAACGAUUCUCCAAUAUCAAACACUUCUUCUGUACCUAGUUCGUUGGAUGAUCUACUCACAUACAUUGGUACCAAUUAUCAUGACUGCUCUCCAUCUGGUAAUGUGCGCGCUGUAACUCCGACCCCGCCUGAACAACGACCUCGUCUGGAUUUGGUCAAACUUCAGAUGGCGAAACAUAUAAAGGAAGAGAUAUCUUAUGAGAACGCGUCUGACGAUCAGGCAAAGUCGUGGUAUGAUACAGUGAAGACAAUUAGGAAUAGUAUAUUUCAUGUGGGCGAUUGUCAAAAAAAGUCUAAAAUGCCAAAGACACCCUUAUAUUCGAGGGAGACGUCGCACCUAUCGCUUGGAGCAGAUUUCUCGUUAUCAAAGUCAUUCUUGCCGUGUAUUCCAUGUGAAUCUGAGAAACCAACCGAACCAUAUCAACACUGUCGACUGUUGUUAAGCCAUUUGGGAUGGUUAACUCCAGAGACAUUUAAAGAUAGCUACAUAUUCCUCUUGAGAAAAUCGGCCGCCAUAAAUCGUGAUCUGAAGUUACUUGAUAAGAGACAUCCGAGAGAAGUUAUCAAGAUUGCGGUGCUGUAUGUUGGAGCCGGACAGGAGGAUGAGUCGAGUAUAUUACGGAACGUGAGCGGAAGUGCAAUGUAUGACGAGUUUGUGAGUAGUUUAGGAUGGGAAGUUGAUCUAGCUACUCAUACUGGGUAUGUAGGAGGAUUAGAGCGUACUGGUGCCAACGGGAAGAGCGCGACAUAUUACUGUGAUUCCAGUAUGGAAAUAAUAUUUCAUGAUGUGACCAAAAUGCCUAAUGACCCGUCUGACGUGAAGAUGGUAAAGAAAAAGAGACAUAUCGGUAAUGAUCAUGUGCAUAUAGUGUGGAACGAGCAUUGGCGUGACUACAAAAAGAAUACGAUCAAGGGUGAUUUUGGGAAUGCAGUAAUUGUAGUGAAUCCGUUGCCUAAUGGAUUAUUUUCGGUAGACGUUCAUCGAGAUAGCAAAGUGACAAUGUUUGGACCUAUCAGUCAGGGUAUGGUCGUGAGUAAAACCUUGUUAGGGCCUUUGAUUAGGGCUACAGCGGUGCAAGCAUUUCGCAACUGCCUUCAUUCUAUUUUCAACACUCCGGCCUCCAUGUAUAGGCAUUCGUAUAUAGAGAGAAGAGAUGAUCUGAGUAAACUGGUAGGGAAACAUCGGGCAAAGUGUGUCAGUUAUGCAGAGUUUAUGAGUAAGAUAUUGGCAUAUGAUGAUACGACUGAAUGA